AUGCCUAUAACCCUGGGCUACUGGGACCUCCGCGGGUUGGUGUUGCCCAUCCGCGCACUCUUGGAAUACACUGGCACCAGCUAUGUGGAAAAGCAUUACACCAUGGGAGACGCUCCCGACCAUGACCAAAGCCAGUGGCUGAGUGAGAAAUUCAAGCUGGGCCUGGACUUUCCCAACCUGCCCUACUUGAUUGACGGCACUCACAAACUCACCCAGAGCAAUGCCAUCCUGCGCUACCUCGGCCGCAAGCACAACCUGUGUGGGGAGACAGAAGAGGAGAAAAUCCGCGUGGACAUUUUGGAGAACCAGGUUAUGGACAAUCGCUUGCAACUGGUAGCGGUCUGCUAUAGUCCUGACUUUGAGAAGCUGAAGCCUGACUACCUGAAGGGUUUCCCAGACAAGCUGACACUGUACUCCCAGUUCCUGGGGAAGCGGCCCUGGUUUGCAGGGGACAAGAUCACCAUUGCUGAUUUCCUCGUCUAUGAUAUCCUGGACCAGAACCGUAUAUUUGCUCCUGGUUGCCUGGAUGCAUUCCCAAACCUGAAGGAUUUCAUGGCUCGAUUUGAGGGCCUGCCGAAGAUCGCUGCCUACAUGAAGUCCAGCCGCUUCAUCAAAGUCCCUCUGUUUUUAAAGCUUGCCUCCUGGACAGGAAAAUAGGGCUCUGAAGUGAAGUGA